CAUCAUGUAUCACGCAAUAAAAAUAUUGUUAUGCAUUAUCUUGGGUUUGCAACUUCUGGAGCACGGAGGUGCUGCGGAUAAGCCAGCAGCAGGAGACCUAUUGAGCAAUAUUGCUGCCCACGUGGGAGCUGUCAUCCCCUCGGCCUUGAUAAAAGGCCUCCAGGGUGACAGGCCCAUCCGAACGGCCAUCACCGAGACCAUUGGUGCAUCGAGUGUUCCAGCUACAACAACAGCUAAACCAAAAUCAUCUAGAGGGACAGCAAAGCCGAAGACGUCGAGAUCAACGGGAACAACGAGAAAGCCCAGGACUACAGAGGCACCCUCUACUGAUAAACUCAAAUUCCGGCCUGAUCAGCGACCUGAGUAUUCAGGGCCUGACUCAGCGAAAGCUGCUCAGAACCAAUUUCCGUUUGAUUUCAGAAAUAAUUUUGAUUUCAAUGGGGCUGGACAGCAGAACGGAAGACAGUUCAAUCCAACAUAUCCUCGGGGAUUCAAUCCCGGAUUUUUCGGGGAUGGGAGUCCAUUCAAUCAGGGCCCAGGUGCAUUCAGGCCCUUUGAUGCACCUGCAGAUCAGGCAGGUGGACGAGGAAAUGAGAAUGCCAUUCAAGGAAGCGAUGGAAGAAAUCCUAAUGGCGAUGGUGGGUUCAAUAGUGGAAUCAAUAGGCAGUUUGGAAAUCCUGAGGAGUUCGACAGGUUCAGGGACUUCGGUAGAUUCGGAUACGACGAUAGGUUCGCGGGUAGAUUUCCCGGUCAAUUCAACUCUGGAUUCAGACAGGACGAUCGAUCCAGAUUCGAGAGUUACCGCGGACCCCAGAAUCCACAAGACCUGAAUGGACAAAACUAUCGACAGGAUCCAAGAUUCAAUUACCCCAAUUCCCUAAACGAUCAGCGAUCCCUAUCACAAUUCUCUGGAUCUUUUCCAUUUCAGGGAUAUGCCCCCAAUAACUUUGAUUUCCUACCGAACCAACGAUUCCAGAAUCCCUUCAGCGAGAAUUACCGAGGCCAGGGGCUAUCCAAUUAUCCAGCUUUUUAUCCGUCAGGAGGUGCCGGAGGUUCAGGACAUCCAGGAGCUCCAGGAUCACCCAGACCGAAUAACUCGAGCAGCGGAAACGCCUCAGGACCUCUGACAUCGGCAUCAAAGAACUCGGAAAAACUGGAAAACCCCUCGGGCGACAAGAAAAAUGUGGAUUACAGCCUGACAGAUGCACCCAGUGCAGCCUUCCACGACCAGAAAUUAUUCUAUCCUCAACUCGAUGAUUACUCAGACCUUCGGUUUCGUCCCGACGCCUUCCUAAUCAAUUCUAAUCUGGCAGCUAAACGAGGAAUCAACGGCAAAGCUUGAAACCCACUUAACAUUUAUAUAAUUCAGUCUAUUGUACUGUCACUGUAUAUAUACGUGGGAUUUUAUAAACAAUAAAUUGAAAUAAUGAUAUUUUAUCUAUCCCCUUGUCUAAUGCGCAAUAAUCGAAUGAGUAUCCUGUAAUUACAUCACAUUCGUUAUGUUCAUGUUAAACUUUCCA